UGGCCGUGCCGUCUGCUACGUCAUUGGAUUCCCCUUGAUCGCAUUGACUUCAGAUCGCGCCUGCGCACUGCUCUGUACGCCUCAGGGUCUGGAGCCGAGCACCCGACGCGCGAGAAGCCUCCGCCAGCGGCGCAUUUCACAUGUGUUGGGUUUGAGAGUCCAGCUGAUGUCUGCACGGGUGAAGCCAGCACUCAGCGAGGAGCGGGACUCUAGCUAGAACCUCAGCCGCGGCCACCUUUCCUGCCCAACACUAAGCAGACAUGAAGACGUGAAGACGGCCUCGCGGAGCUGCAGGAAGGAAGCCUCAGUGCAGCAUGGAGGGCGUCGCCGUGGACAACCUCAUCGACUUCGACCUGUGCUCAGAGUCCGCAGCACUCGCUGUGAAUUCGGCCCAGCACCGAGGCCACGAGGACAUCUUCUCCCCAGAACCGGCGUCCUCCGUUGGCGCGCACCGGCUGCCGGAGCCCAUGACGCCCACCAGGUUCGGCGUUCGCCACCAGCACCAGGAGGAAGGAGGCGGCGACAGCGACGCCACGGAGUCGGCGGACAGCGAUAACGACAUGGACCCGUCCUCCGAGGCGUGGGAGCUGCGGCGGUCGUCGUCGUCGUCCGCCCACAGCGGGGAGGACGCCGCCGCCGAGACGCUGGAGAGGAGGCGCUUCAUGAAGGCCUAUGUGCAGAAGGUGUUCCAAGGAGGGGAGGACUUUGACCAGGAAGAGAAGGCUCGCUUUGGAGAGCUGUGCAGCGGGGACAAUGGCAAAGGCAGGGAGUGGUUUGCUAAAUACGUCAGCGCUCAGCGCUGCCACUCCAAGUGCGUGAGUGAGGCCACCUUCUACAGGCUGGUGCAGUCCUUCGCCGUAGUGCUGUUUGAAUGUUACCAGAUGGAUGACUACACCCCGGCCAAGAACCUCAUGACCAUGUGCUUCACCUACUACUACGUCGGGAAGUUCCAGCCGUCGCCCUCUGAGCUCCUGGAUCGCGGCGGCGCCCCAGCCCCUCUCGACUCCUACCUCAACAAGGCCAACUCCUGGCUGACUGGAAAGAAGGACGCGGCUGAACGCCUGCUGAAGAAUACAUCCAAGACUGACGUCAAGGGCUUCUUUGGAGGCCUGGAGAACAAGCUGAGAAGCUCCAUGGCUCCUAAGACUGAAGAUGGAGAGAGUCCAGCUGAGAUGAAGCUCAAAUCACCAGUCUCUGAGGCUCCAGAGGAGAAGAAGGGACAGAAGGUUUACCUGUACACCCACCUAAAGCAGCAGCCCAUCUGGCACACGCUGAGGUUCUGGAACGCAGCAUUUUUCGAUGCCGUUCACUGCGAGAGGACAAAGAGGUCACCGACCACGAGGGGGACGCAGGAGAGCAACUCACAGGAGAGGGAGAAGUGGUGUCACAUGACCCAGGAGGAGAGGGAGGACCGCUCCAAAAUCGAUGAGAACAUAGCGUUCGGGCAGCUGGGGACCUUCACUCAUAACAUGCUGGCGUUCGGGCUAAGUAAGAAGCUGUGCAACGACUUCCUGAAGAAGCAGGCGGUGAUCGGGAACCUGAAUGAAGAACAGUACAAGCUGCUGACCGAGCACAUAGAGAAGAUGGCGGCUGAGUGACGCCCGCCACCCCCCGUCUCGGCCUCCUCGUAGUGACCCGCUGUGUGUGUGUGUGUGUGUGUGUGUGUGUGUGUGUGUGUGUGUGUGUGUGUGUGUGUGUGUGUGUGUGUGUGUGUGUGUGUGUGUGUGUGUGUGGUGCUCCGAGGCCGCUGUAGCCAACCCCGUCCACCCCGCGCUUCUCCGUGGCCCCCAUCAGCAAUAACAUGUCAUCAGUCAUGUGUCGGUGUGACCAGUGCGCUGCGCGACGACGCGCUCGUAGCUCCGAGCGGAGCCUGAAAACCACGUUCUGACUGGACGCGUCAGCUGGACGACGACGCACCCAAGGGCAGCGUUUACAGCACUUCUUCUGUAUCUGAUGCUGGAAUGAUGGAAGGCGAUUCAUCCCUUUUAAUGGCGUUUGUGAAUACUUGAUCUGUUCCUUUUUGUAUAUUAUCACGUGUUUGUUCAGUGGUGAAUCUGUGACCAAUUGCAUUCAGUCGUGCAUCGUGACAAAGAAGAGCAUCCGACCCGCUGCUCCAUUUGUGUCUUAGCUGUCUUUUUCCUGAUCUUCCACCUGAUCCCUCCGGGCGACAUGAAGUAUUGAGCUGCGUACUGGACCCGUGAGCUCAGUCGCAGCCGUUUGCACUACGUCGUCCGCUCCUCUGAAUAACGUGGAUUAAAUGCCUUCCGUGUCGUGUCUGUGCGCGGCUCACGCUCUCCUCCGCGGCUGUCCUCGUUAAGUGACGGCCGUAAGCAGCUCUUCUCCAGAGAGCAGUGCAAUAGAACCCGUAGCUGUGCCGUACCCACGCCAGUGUUGGUAGAUCUAGGUGUUGUAGCUCUAGUGUGUGUCUGACAAACAUGUCGACAUGUUAAUGUGCCGCUGUACACGUAUGUUUGCAUGGUCAUGUAAUAAUGACACAGCUACUGAACCUGUAAUAAAUGUAUUUUUUGUGAAAUGAA